AUGGGUGCUCCCGUUAAAGGCUACAGCAAGCCAAGUCAUGGCAUUUUUCCUUUCCUCCCAGACGCAUGGGUUCCGUACGCCGAACUCAUGCGUCUCGACCGGCUGGCGGGGUUCUGGGCCUUUUACUGGCACUACCUGAUCGGUCUUGGAUUCGCCAUCAACCUCCCCCCCUUCUCGCGCGACAUGGACCUGCAAACGCUCGCACUCAUCGCCGGAUAUAUGGGUGUAUGGACCACCGUUUUCCGCGGCAUGACCUGCACGUGGAAUGACAACCUGGAUCAAGACUUUGAUCGCCAGGUCGAUCGCUGCCGCGUAAGGCCCAUCCCCAGGGGUGCUGUCUCGACCUUGCAGGCGCAUCUCUUCACCGCUAUGCAGAUUGCAGCUGGAGCCGCUAUCCUGUAUCCUGUCGGCCACUCGACGCUAAUUCACGCUGCCGUGGACGGCAUACUCUUGUUCAUUUACCCCCUGCUGAAGCGCUGUACAAACUUUCCCCAAGUCGAGCUGGGAUUUGGACUGUCGUAUGCAAUAUUCAUGGUGACUUCAAUGGUCGGGAAGGAUCCGUUGGCGCCGCUGUUUGACCCGUCGUUGGCGUUUUCAGACCGCGUGGCCAAGGUGAUUGAGUCGCCCCUGGCCCAGUCGGCUGUGUGUCUAUACGCCGCAGGCAUUCUGUGGUGUGUCACUUUUGAUACCCUCUACGCCCAUCAAGAUUACCUCGAUGAUCUGAAAGCUGGUGUCAUGGGACUCGCCGUACGACUGGGAAGGAAGGGGACGAAGCCAACCCUCUACGUGGUUUCCGCUGUGCAGGUCGCUUGUCUCGCAUUGGCAGGCCAUCUGGCAGGGUUUGGCAACGCAUAUUAUGCCAUAUCCUGUGGUGGGACGGGUUUACUGUUGGUAUGGACGAUUUGGGUUACCAACUUGGAAGAUAGCGCCAGUUGCGCCUGGGCAUUUGGUCCUGGAAGUGCGUAUGCCGGCGCCUUCGUUUCUGGUGGGCUUUUGGUUGAGUUCCUGUCGAAGAAGUACGGAUACUGA